AUGCGCUUGGUUCUUCUUCUUCUUCUUCUUGUCCUGGAAGCAAAUUGCGUUAUCGACUUUAUUGUCGACUCUUUCAAGUAAGCCAACUACUCAAUUCGUUAAUAACAGAAAAUACUCCAGAAAAUAUGUCGAUCAGAAUUCGGAUCCCUGCGACAACUUCUACCGUCAUGUUUGCCCACUCGAUGGUUCUGUACCUAAUGAUUUACUCUCCGAAUUUUUUGAUCAAAUUAGGAACGAAUUUGAUCAAAACUCCACUAAAAGAGCGUGGGACCGGUUCUCAAUUAUGGUAUGAGCGUAGAAAUCGUGGAAAGGAAAUUUAAAACCUUUUCAAUUCAGGACGAUUAUAAGGUAGACGCAUCCGUUUCCGCAGAGAUUCCGUCUCUUUAUCUUCAAUUGUGAGUGCAAUGAACAGUUUUAAUUCUAGAAAUGAGUUUAGGUGUGAAAACGGAGUCGAUACAACACUGUUCCUCACUCAGUUGCACAGUAUAAUUGGUCCGAAACAGUGCAAAGAGCAAUUCUGCUAUCAUUUCAUUCGAGAAGAUCCAGACUGUAACCGUGGAACGGCUCAAGUGGAGAGUAUCGUUAAAGACUUACUCGGGUCAGAAGAUAUAGUGAGAAAAAUCAGUAGAAUAUAACAAAAAAAUGCAAAAUUUCAGACGGAAUUCAUUCAAACCAUUGGUUUGCUUCACAGCAAAAUCGUAGAUAUAAGCGCUCACAUUGACUAUGAUGUCCGCGAUGGAAUCGUUGAAUCCGAGCAAUAUUUGAAUGAAAUGAAGAAGUUGGUCGUGGAUUGGAUUAAAGUGAGUGUGAAGGAUAGUUUAAACUAAUAACUUUGUCAUUUAGGAGACUUCAUGGGUGGUCAGCCACGGUCUGGUAAACUCUACUAUCUCUCUAGUGGAGCCCGUCCGAAUAAACGACAAUUAUGGAGCAGAUUUAAAAGAUUUAAUUGAACAAUUCAUAUUGAUUGAAAUUCAUUACACCACUUGCAAAGCUAACUACGAAAAUCGGGAAUCGGCCAAACUCUUCUGUUUGGCUGAAACAGCUGCCACACUCGGAAAUUUCGAGGUUGAUGGAUCCGCUUGGAGUUUGACGGAUGCUUUCAUAGAUUUUCCCACAAUCGAUUUGGGAUUCGCUUUCUUUUACGUCGCUCAACAUACUGAGGACGCGGCGGGAAAAGUAGAUGAUUAAUGAAAUAAUAUAAAAGCUUCAAAAUUUUCAGCUCGGCUUCACAGGCGCUGCUAUCGGUCACGAACUCUCGCACAUGCUCAUCAAAGGUGGAAGUUCCGAUUUUCUGACCUACUUUUCCGAAAAUUCCAAAAAGUGCAUUUUGAAUCAGUUCAAUAGCACUUGUCAAACAUUUAUGGAGGUUGGUUGACAAAUGUUUCAUGAAAAAUUAACGUAAUCAAUUUGAGGAUUCGUGCAUAACUUUCGACGGACAAGUUGAUGAUGAUGGGGCGGACACUCUUGGUUUCCAAUUGGCCUAUUCACUUCUUGAGACGUUUUACGGAGAUUCGUUAAAUGUGAGAAUCUUUGAAACUGACAUUUUCAGGAAACCGGUCAGAACUGAACUGUUUUCCAGGAAAUCUACGAACCACUGAAUGUUACUCACAAACAAUUGUUCUACUACUCUCUUGCACUCUCGUUCUGUCAGGUACGUAUUCAAAUACUGAUUUUUAAUUAAUCUAUGAGAUCAUUCAGGGGCUUCCUGGCAAAAUUGGUUGGCGUGGAAACGAUAUUUUGGAUGAGCAUGCAUCCGCGGACAUCCGAGUAAACGCUAUGAUUGCUCCACAUCCUGGAUUCCAGGAGGCUUUCCAUUGCACGGAUGACAGCAGGAUGAUCAGAUCGUCAUUGGUAUGACUGCGUUGGAAAUAAUUUGGAAAUAUUCUGAAUUUCAGGAGAGCUGCAUCAUUUACGGAAGAAAUGCUCCAAAUGUGAAAAAGCAUCGAUAA